AUGUCUUUCGCUCAGCUACCGCCGUCACUAGACAUUUCGGUACGAACUCAAACGACGAUAUUUAACAGUAUCCUGGUCAUCAGUCUGGUCCUUCUGACAGCUGUGCUGUUGCCUGCGUUGAUCUCGAGGCAUGUAUAUAGGAUGCGAAUAUGGUAUGCGUUAAUAUGCUCAGCGAUAGUGUAUUGCGUGUCGUUUUUCCUUCUCGUUGGAUACCAGAUGGGUCCUGGAGAACCGCCAUUUGGACUAUGCGUAGCUCAGACAGUGAUGAUUUAUGCUGCCCCUGUUUUAGUCGUCUCAUACGCCUUAUCCUUGUCCAUGGAGGCUUAUUCACGACGGGAGGAAAUGAAAUCUAGCACACAUUCAAUUCUAAUAAUAUUCCCUCUUUUCGUAUAUGUCGCAAUUAUCAUUGAGGGCUUGGUACUGGCCCUUACAAACAAGAACCAGGUUGAACGGGAUCCGACAAUGUUUUACUGUCAUGUACGCUCGAGUGCGCCCGCUGUUGUCAUUACUGUUGAAGCUGGAAUAAUGAUCAUUGUCGAAGGAAUCUUACUCUAUCAACACGAGAGACAGCUGAGGCGUAGAAACUCAGUGAUCGUAUUUGACACUCCCUUUCCAAUCAGUCUUUUUAUAAGAAAGAUUGUCUACACCAUGAAUAUCGGAUUCGCAUUAGGGCUGUAUGCAUUUAUCUUGGCUAAUCCGAACAAGUCGAGCGCCGAAUGGUCUUUGCUUUUGACAGGACUUCCUCUGGUAACUGCGCUGAUAUUUGGACCUCAUCGCGACAUAAUCCGAUUCUGGGUCUGUCGACGACCGAAUAUGACGGAAAGCAGCGGCUCCGUCAGCGACUCUGAUCAUGACUUGAUGGUACACAACUUCAAGUUGGACAAAAUGCGGGGCAAGACUCCAGUCCUUUGCCGCCAUACGAACCCACGAUGA